UUCCCGUGCCCCACGGCGCCGAUAUUUGGGUUGGACCCUUCACUGACAGCAGGACUCACCAGGAUCUUGYGGCAUUGCUCCUGUAAGCCUGCCUUCCAGAAGAGCUGUUCUUGCCUGUCCCUGUCUCACAGGCAACAGCAGAAGGCGGGGGGGAUAUUGCGAGAAAACUUUAUGUUUUCAUCAAACCGGACCAAGGAGAAUGGGGGCCCCGCACCCAAAAGAAUGAAGACGCGACAGAACAAAGACUCGAUGUCGAUGCGGAGCGGGCGGAAGAAGGAGACUCCGGGGCCCCGAGAGGAGCUCAGGUCACGGGGUCGAGCGUCCCCAGGUGGCGUCAGCACCUCCAGCAGUGAUGGCAAAGCCGAAAAAUCCCGGCAAGCAACAAAGAAAGGUCGGGUGGAGGAAUCCUGCACCCCCAAAGGCACCAAGCAAGGCCGAACAGAAGAGAUCUCAGAGAGUGAGGGAGAAGACAGCAAUGCGCCCAAAAAAAGCAAAACUGAGGAGUUACCCUGUCCUCCAUCCCCAUCAGACGUUGACAGCCUUGAUGGCCACAGCUUCAAUGAUGAGAUGAGCAGUGACCCACGGGACAUUGACCAGGAUAACAGGAGCACCUCGCCAAGCGUCUACAGCCCCGGAAGCGUGGAGAAUGACUCCGACUCCUCCUCUGUGUUGUCCCAGGGACCGUCCCAUUCCUACCACCACCCUCCCCUCUUUCCUCAGAGCCCUCCUGUAGCUCCUCCUCCUGACAGCCUGGCCCGUCCACCUGAGCCCAGCUUUGGUCUCCCAGCUGAAGUCCACCCGCAGGGCCCGGCUGCUGGGGGCUACCACUCUCAGCUCGAGGGCCAAGCUUCGAGGAUUUUCCAGGCUCAGGCCCCACAGACACCAGCCUCCUCCUCUUCUGCUGCUGCCACCUCUUCUACUCCCUCCUGCUCUUCCUCCUCCUCUUCCUCCUCCUCCUCUGUCCAUGCUCCUCUUUACCCUACACCCAAUGUUGUCCAGGUUGGGACCAAAAUUCCCGGUGGUGUGGGGGGGCUCCCAGCAUCAGGGGCUCGUGAGCAGGCCCUCAGUGCCAAGCACAAUCCACCGCCCACCACACCCAUCUCAUUGGCAUCAGUGGUUGGGGGGCUUCCUCCUCAAAAGACGCCCCCAGCCAACCCCCCGGCUGCCUCCCCAGCUUCUGCCCCUUCCUUCCCCCAUGUCUCUGCUAAUCUGCCUCCCCCGCCAGCCCUGCGCCCGCUCAACAACGCAGCGGCCGCCUCCAGUUCUCCGGGGAUGGUCGGGCAGGCCCUGGCCGGGCACCUCCCCUCUCCCCAUGGCAUGGGGCAGGAGAAGGCACAAACCGUGGCCCCAUCGCGCUACCCCUAUGCGCCGCCACCCCUGCCGCCGUCCAGCUCGUCUGCCCAGUACGCGCAGGCGGCCCCUGCGCAGCCCCUGCCCAGUUACAGUGCCUCCUACGGCCACUCCUUCCCGCCGCCCAGUGGCCUCUCCGUGUCCAGCCAGCCCCCCAAGUACACGCAGCCCUCCCUGCCCUCCCAGCCUGUGUGGAGCCAGGGGCCGCCCCCCUACAGCCGUCCCCCCGCUGCCUCCUUCGCUGGCCAGGGCUCCCACCACCAGCAGCCGCCCCAGCAGCACCACCACAGCCACGGCGGCGGCGCGGGCCUCUCCCCAGCCCCGGCAGCUCCUCCCCAGGCCCCCGGCGGCUACUCGCACAGCCUGGAGUCAGGCAACCAUCACCCUUCACACGCCACUUACGGGCUGAGGCUCUACCCUCCCCACAGCCAGGCCACUUACAGCCAGGCUCCCUCAGCCGCUGCUGCGGCCCCUUCUUCCUCUUCCUCCUCCUCCUCCUCCUCCUCUUCCUCCUCCUCUUCCGCCUCCUCCGCCUCUUCCCAGGGAAGCUAUCCCGGCCUCUGCGCUCACCCCCAGGGUCAGAGCCCAGCCACGUACACCUUCCCGCCACCGCCGCCACCGUCCCCUGCCCACGGUGCCGGCCCGCCCGUCACCUCGGCUUCCACCACACUCUCCACUGUCAUUGCCACCAUGGCCUCCCCGUCCUCGGCCCCCUACAAGACCGUGUCGCCUCCCGUGCCCCCCUCAGCCAUAGCACCCUACGGGAAGCGCGCGUCCUCCCCCGUCCCUACCUUCCAGCCUCCAGCCCCCUACAAGCCAGGCUCUCCCCCCGUGUCCUCCGCCUCCUCCUUCCGUGUGGCCACCCCUCCGGGCUACCGCAUGACGUCCUCCCCCGUGACGGGUGGCUACAAAGCCCCGUCCCCUGCCCCGGCCGCCCCCUCGCUGCCGGGCAGCAUGGGUGCCCCCGCGCCGCCGCUGCCCCCGCUGCCCCUGAGCGCGGCGCAGAUCAAGCAGGAGCCGUCGGAGGAGUACGAGCCCCCCGAGAGCCCCAUGCCCCCGGCUCGCAGCCCCUCGCCGCCCCCCAAGGUGGUGGAUGUUCCCAGCCAUGCCAGCCAGUCAGCCAGAUUCAACAARCACCUGGACCGUGGCUUCAAUUCCUGUUCCCGCACAGACCUGUACUUUGUACCCCUUGACGGCUCCAAGCUGGCCAAGAAAAGGGCAGACUUGGUGGAAAAAGUCCGGAGAGAGGCCGAGCAGAAGGCCCGUGAGGAGAAGGAGCGAGAGAGGGAGCGAGAGAGGGAGAAGGAGCGGGAAAGAGAGAAGGAGAGGGAGCUGGAGAGAAGCGUGAAGAUGGCCCAGGAGGGGCGGCCGAUUGAAUGCUCAUCUCUUGGGCCCGUUCCCCACCGCCCCUCCUUUGAGCAGGGCAGUGCUGUGGCAACUGUUCCCCCGUACCUAGGCCCUGAUACCCCGGCUCUGCGCACCCUCAGUGAAUACGCACGGCCACACGUUAUGUCCCCCAGCAACCGCAACCACCCCUUUUACGUGCCCUUGGGUGCUGUUGACCCAGGCUUGCUGGGCUACAACGUGCCGGCCAUCUACAGCAGUGACCCAGCUACCCGGGAGAGAGAGCUGAGGGAGCGAGAAGCCCGUGAACGAGACCUGAGGGACCGAGACCUGCGUGAACGUCUCAAGCCGGGGUUUGAAGUCAAGCCAGCUGAGUUGGAGCAGCUUCAUGCCGUGCCAGCUGCUGCCAUGGAUCCUUUCCCGCGCCACGGCGGCCUGAGCCUGCAGACAGCRCCUGGCCUUCAUCCCGCUUUUCCCUUCCACCCAGGGCUGGGCCACUUGGAGCGGGAGAGGCUGGCGCUGGCAGCCGGCCCUACCCUUCGUCCCGACAUGUCCUACGCUGAGCGCCUGGCGGCUGAGCGCCAGCACGCGGAGCGGGUGGCUGCUCUCAGCAACGACCCCCUGGCCCGCCUCCAGAUGCUCAAUGUGACACCGCACCAUCACCAGCAUUCCCACAUCCACUCCCACCUCCAUCUCCACCAGCAGGAUGCUAUACAUGCAGCUUCAGCUUCUGUUCACCCUCUUAUUGACCCACUUGCCUCGGGAUCGCAUCUGACCCGGAUACCCUACCCAGCGGGAACCAUCCCCAACCCACUCCUUCCUCACCCCUUACAUGAGAAUGAAGUGCUGCGCCACCAGCUUUUUGCUGCACCCUACAGGGACCUGCCGGGCUCCCUGUCUGCACCCAUGUCCGCAGCGCAUCAGCUGCAGGCCAUGCACGCACAGUCAGCGGAGCUGCAGCGCUUGGCUCUGGAGCAGCAGCAGUGGCUCCACGCGCACCACCCGCUGCACGGCGUGCCGCUGCCCACGCAGGAGGAUUACUACAGUCACCUGAAGAAAGAAAGUGACAAGCCCCUUUAAAUGGACUCCUACCCUCAUUGCAGCAUCAUCAUGUCUUUCUCCUAAGAGGAGCAAUUGAUCAACCAAAUCCUGGGUGAGGGGAACCUGCAGAGUAACACACCCUGAUCCUACAGUGCAGUACAUUGCAAGAGCAGAAUGGAUGAAGAGUACAGAAUGGCAUCGUGGGAGCAGAAAGGAAAGGAAAGAAAGUGGAGAGGGAUUGAAAUAACACUAAAGGACAUGGAAUGAUUGGUACAUUAUUUCAGCAGAGCUCCGAAGGAAACAAAACCAGCAUUGCAGAGAGCUCAAAAAGACAAAGACUGAUGGAACUUCAAGAUUGCAGCUGCUCCAUCCUUCCUUUUGGGGGAACAGUUGUCUUAAAUAAAAACAGUGCAGAGCAUCACAGGACUUCACGUACAUGACGCUGCUGCCCUUUCUGCUUCUGUGAGGUGUGUCCGAGAAGGAACUCAAAACCGGAUGGAGCUUCUUCAAA